ACCAGUCGUAUUAACGCUUGGUACUGUGAUUACUUGGGUGAACAUAACCUCACACAUACAGUACAUUGCAUGUUGAUAAGGGACGAAGUAAUGGGGAAUUUCUUCACUAUCAAGGCUGCAAGUUCACCACGAUUGUGAUUAUCAAGACACCUCAGUGGCAUGUCAAAGUGAGGUACGGCACGAAUACUUUACUCUUGAAUACGUUUAUUCAACUAAUCACUCGUGCAAAGGUGUAUUUUAGAGGAUAAUGUGCAACAAAUGAGAAACCAGAGUGUUAAGGAGGUACAGGAAGAGUUAAGAUAAAGGAUACAGCCUCGACAGCGCCACAUUAACAGUCAAGUCUACCAUGGCGGCAGCUGGCAAGCGGUCUGCUCCUAGACUUGAGUGACGUCAUCGAUUACGUGCUUCAUUCUCAACACAGGCUCCCAGUCAUGACGAGUGUGUCGGGUGUACUGCUGGGUGUAGCCGAGGUGAAGCUGCCGCUGCGGCGCCUCCCGCAGGAACUCCGCUCCAGAAUUGCUAAUGUCUCUCACUGGGCUGUCGUCCAUGGCGAUUAUCUCGACGAAGACAAUAAGGGCCUCCUGGAAGAGCGGCAACAGUACAUCGGAGAAGUAGAUAACUUCUACGCUCUCCGGGAGGUGGAGGUGAAGGUGGAGGAGCCAGAGUGUCGGGUAAUUGAGGGCACUGAAGUUGUCCUCAAACAUCGCACCAGUGAUGUGAUCAUCAUCACGCCCGUCGAGGAGUCUCCCACCCGGGUGGUGUACAUCAGCCGCAGUGACAGCUUCGGCCGCGCUGCCGUUGUCCUGCAGAUGAAAUCCCAACAGGAUGUCAACCAGCUGCUAGCACUGUUCCCCGCCGCUGUGCCGGAUAGCCUUCUUCACCUCCAGUCAAGUCCUGGGACUCAGCUGUCUCCCAACAAAGAACUCAAACAGUCAUGGAGUCGGGGCGUCAGCAAAAGAUUCACGGCUAUGUUAGCAUCGCUGGCAGGCACCGCCUCCACCACGAAGAAGGGCCCUCGCACCUCUGACAAGAUCAACACUCCCCCCGAACCCUCCGACUCCCCUACGCCUAACUCUGAAUCCUCAUCUGACUCAGACUCAGAUGAUGAAGAAAUGCUCACUGACGACACGGACAGCAAGUCGGCAGGGAAGUAUUACGAGGACAUGGGCCUCGACGCCAACGUACAAGAGAGGCUUUAUGACGACGCAGCAGAGACGUUGUCCAAAUCCAGUGACUCAUCACUUGAAUCCAAUUCGGCCAUCAUAGAGGCUGAAAUGAGGUUCUUUGUGGAAAGUGAUGAAGAGUUCCUAAAGUCUCUCCGGAGUCUAGAGGAGGACAGGGAGCGUUUGGCAGACUCGGAAACACCGCAGUUUAUUCGCGAAAACUUGACUCUUUUGUUCAUGCAAGUGAAGGCACUGACUCAACUGCACUCGGAGCUACACGCUGAGUUCGAGAAUAGUUACGGUUAUCUGCAGCGUCUGAGUGAUGCUAUUGUGUCUCAUCAAAAUGAUUAUGAAAAUUAUGUCUACUUUAUGGAAAAUAUCCCAAUCGUGGAUCGUAUCCUCCAUACCCACAAAGAUUACUUCAAAACUCACAUACCUGAGCUCCCAGAGAAACUGAGGAAACCCAGAAUGCGUCUCCAUUAUUAUGUUCUCACUCUGGAGACUCUCCACAAGAAAUGUAAUACUCGCGAAGAAAAGCAUUGUCUUCAGAAAGCCAUGGACAUUCUCAAAGUUCCCCUGAAGAAGGCUGACUCAAAGCUCUUUCUUGGUGCCGUAACUGGAUCCCCGUUUGACUUAACCAAUUUCGGAAACCUGAUUCGCCACAGUGACCUCACACUACGAAGAGGGGGAGACCUUCCCCGCCGGGUAUACCACGUCCUCGUGCUGAAAACGUUAAUCCUGUUGACAACAUCUGACGGUAGAAACUACCGAUAUGUCACAAGUUUCCGGAUGGACCAAGUUGGUCUAGGGAAACAGGAACGAGGAGUCCUUUUCAACCUCGAAGUCAGAAAUGGUCCAAGAGGACAAACUGUCUGUUACACAUUCAAAGCUAAAAAUAUUAACAUGCAGCAGUUAUGGAUUAAUGAUUUAAAAGACAUCCUUAAAGAAAAACCAAAGACUGCCACCCCGAGGAAUAGUUUUAUAGAGGGCCAAUCUGACUUGAGACUCAGCGGUAAGCGUAGCAAGAUGCGUCGUGGACAUUCUGCGGAGUCGUCUUGGAGUAGCUCACAAGGUACGGUCAGUGACUCUGAUAUUCUGGAUGAAGAGAACACUCGAACCGGCAGGAGCGAAAACAAUGCUUCUUGGUCUGGUCGGCGGGCAGCUAUUAAGAAGAACUCCAGCACGUCGGGAAAGCCUCGACCAGCAGUUCGACAACAAAGCGGCUACACGUCUGACAGCGAGAGCAACUCUCUUAAAUGGAGGAACCAAGACUCUCUAACUCCCCUGACUGUCUGGGCGGUUUUUCCCCAAUUGAAAGAUCUGUUCAAAUUGAAAAGUUUACCAUGUGAGUCGGAGAACAGCGUCCCUACAAUACUGGUCAGUUUAUUGGACAAGGAGAUCGAAUAUACCUUGACUAUACAUCAGGAGCUUGGGUCUCUCUUGAACGAUGAAAUUUCGAAGCCUCCAUCUUGUAUAAUUACCCAAUUACGUAAGAUCUACGACUUUCACACCACCAUCUUUUUGUCUUUAUUAGAGACGGCUGUACGUUCAGGGAAGAAGCAGGAAGUUGUUCAGUGUUUCAUUGAUUGUUCUGUUAGAUUGAAAGAAUUAUAUUCGAACUACUUAGCAGAUCGUGCUCGUCUGGACGGAUUAUUGAGAGACAUGGAGUUAUACAGUCGUUUUGUACAACCAGUGCUCCAGUUUGAAAUAUAUAUGAAAUUUCUUGCCAGCCUUCUUACUAACAAGUCGGAAAAUCAAACUGUAAAUGCGGCGCUUUCCAUGUUACGGGAGUGUGUAGCAGAUGCCAACACUAUUCUCUUGACGGAGACUAUCAAGGGGGCGCCCUUCGACCUGGACGAUUGCGGCCCGGUUCUAAUGGCGGGGAAUGCCAAGGUGCGAUGGACUGGACAACUGAUUAAACAAGAGUUUCAUAUGGUCCUCCUAGACACCAUGAUCCUAAUACUGGAGUCACACCCACCGUCUUACCGUUACGUCGAUUCCAUUCGUAUGGAUACUGUGGGAAUUGGACCAAUACCGGACGAAUACUCCUUCCAGCUCGAAGUUCGCACAGCCGCCACCAAAACCCUCACCUAUGUCUUCAGAACUCCCAACAGAAACAUGCAGAAACAGUGGUUGGAUGAAAUUACUAUCUUACUCAGUUUACAGGUGGAUAGAUUAAAAGAAAAGCAAAGAAGGAGAUUAGGAAAUGAGACACCUAAAAUGCAGACUCUGAAGUCACCACCGGACUCAGAACUGUACAGUGUCUCCCCGCGGAGCAAGUCGCCCUUGGAAACUUCCUUGUGAAUGCUGAUUAUCGCGACCCCUCUAGUGGGCAUCAGUGUCCUCAGUGAUGAAAGGAAUGUGCAGGGAAAUCUGUAUACAUUGUAUACCGCAGCAAAAAUGCUAAAUAAAUGCUGAAUCGUUGGCAAACCGUGGCUCCCUACGGAUGUAAAACUGUGUAUAUAAAUAGUAUGUAAUAUAGAUAUAAAUAUAUACUGUAUAUGUGUAUGUGUGAAUGUCUGGUAGCUAAAGUAUUACACUAUAUAAUAGUGAUAAAACUGAAUAAUAAGAUUUAAUUUAAGAUAAAGUAGAUGGAAAGUUGGCAUGCAUGGGUUAGGUGGUUGUGUUUGGGUGCGGACACAAUGACCUAUUGCCGUGACGUUUUCUAGUUUUAUUUGUUGCUCGUGUACAGUUAAUAAAUGUGUGAAGGAGUGAAAACA